AUGGCAUGCAGUCAAGCUGAGCGACAGCCGCUGCUUAGCCAUGACGAGCGCCGCGCCCUUCCCACGCCAUACCGCUCCAUCGAUAAUGGCACUUUGGACGAUUCGGAUCAGCCGCUCAUCACACGGCGAGACCAUGCAGCUGCGGUCUCCUCGCACAAUCUUGCCCGCUCGAGCCGUCACGCCUCGACGCUCACCGUCAGAGUCUACGCGGUCUGCCCAGACAUCCACUGCCCCUCGUGCAUCUCGCACCUCUCCAGCCUGGUCGCCAGCCUCGACAUCCAUCCGGCCUGCCGUAUCGCCAUCUCUAACGCAGACACCUCACUCAUCCACCGCACCGUCACCAUCGACCUUGAGGUGGCACCCUCCGACUCGGAGGAUGGCGCACAUGCUCCGCAAGGCUCUCAUGGCCCCGCACGAGCGGCGGCAAAGCGUCUGCGGCGCGUCCUCGAGGAGCUUGCCAGGAUUCUCGCACAGGACGGCUUCUCCGUCGAUCACAUGCGCUCCAAAGUCAUUGCAGAUUCCGGGGCAGACUACGCCUACAAGCAGGGCUUGAACCAAAUGCUCGACGCGUCGGAUCUCUACCGACACUCCGAGACGAGCGCCGCAGCCUCGAGUCUGCCAGACACUGUCAACGCAUCGAUAAAGGGCAGCUCCAUGCUCGGCGCGCUGCCAGCCUCGCUCGGCAAUACGCUCCGAUCCGCCUGGUCCCGUACUGCUGCUGACGAUACCGAGUCGGCGCGCAUACAUCACGAGCGAUGGCGCAGACACGUCCAGGUCUGCCGCGCCUGCCGGGACGGCGACGCCGAUCACGCUUCUCCACUGGAAGAUGCCACUUCGCUCUCGCAGCAGCAAAAUGACGACGAGCCCAAAGAUGCAGACGACUCUCAUCGCCGAGUGGUCGCCGUGCUUUCGAUCACCGGCAUGACUUGCGCGUCGUGCGCCCAAUCCAUCACCAACGCCGUUCGCGCCCAAGCAUCCCACCAAGUCGACUCGAUCAAAGUCGACGUCCUCUCUGCCUCGGCCACCGUCACUGCCCAUCCAUCCGCACUGCCCUCCAUCAUCGAGGCGAUCGACGAUGCCGGUUUCGAAGCGCAUCUAGUAAAGUCCGAGCCCGUGCGCUCGUCUUCACCCGACCGCCAGCGCGACGAGUCGGACGGGCACACCUGGAGGGCCAAGCUCGCCAUCCACGGCAUGACGUGUGCGAGCUGUGUGCAGAGUGUGAGCUCGGCGCUGCAGUCGCACGCGGACGAGACCAACGCCGCCCACGCGGUCCAGAUCGUCACCACUUCGGUCGACCUCAUGUCCAAGUCGGCCGACGUCGUCCUCUCGGCCCCCGACAAGACCCAGGCCGAAGCUCGGCUUGGCGAGCUGGUGGCUCAGGUGCAAGACGUCGGAUUCGAGGCUGAACUGCUCACGCUUCAGCCCGAGUCCGGCAAAGCCCGCGCGGCUUCCGACGGGGCUGUGUUUCGACACGUGCGCAUCGAGGUGCAAGGCAUGUUCUGCCAGAGCUGCGUGGCCAAGGUGCGCAGCUACUUCAGCCGUCUCCGCACCGCGCGCGCCUCGGACAUCGACGUCGCCGACGACGAUCUCGACGGCUUCACGCUCGCGCAGCCGCUGCUCAGCUUCAGCUACCGCUCGGGCGCGCCAUCCCGCCUCCGUCUGCGCACCAUCCUCGACGAGGUCAACUCGCUCGACCCAACAUUCUCCGCGCGCUACGCGCCGCCGCCCUCGCUUGCCUCGCGCUCGGCGGUGCUCGCAAGGGCAGAGCUGCGCGACCUCCUCAUUCGCCUCGCCAUCACGGCUGUCUUUGCCCUGCCGGCGCUGGCUAUAUCGAUGAUCGCGCCGCUGCUUUCGCCACACAGUGCGCUGCGGCGGUGGACGGCGGCGUACGUGGUGGGCAGGGCGACGCGGGGCGAGGUGGCAAUGUGGCUCAUCGCCACGCCCGUGCAGUUCGGCGUCGGUGCGCUGUUUCUCGCCAAGGCGUGGCGCAGUGUGUCGGCCAUGUGGAAGCGGCGUCGCUCGUGGACGGACCGCUUCCUGCGCUUCGGCAACAUGGAUGUGCUCGUUGCGCUCGGCACGCUCGUCGCAUACACCUCGUCGCUCGUCCUGCUCGGCCUGGACGCGCUGCGCACCCCGCAGCCCGCGGACGAAGCGCAGAUGGACAUGACGUACUUUGAGGUGUCGGUGUUCCUCGUGCUCUUCAUCCUGCUCGGCCGCGUGCUCGAGGCGGUGACCAAGCGCAAGACGGGCGAUGCCGUCGCCGAGCUCGGCCGCAUGAAGCCUCGCACCGCCCAGCUCGUGCUCGAUCCGUCCGAGCCGGCGCGCAGCCGCACAGAGCAGGUCGACGUAGACUUGCUCGAUGUGGGCGAUCUCGUGCUCGUUCCGCACGGCGCAUCGCCGCCGCUCGACGGUGUCGUGCUGGGCACCGCAGCCACGCCGCUGUUCGACGAGAGCAGUCUUUCGGGCGAGGCGCGGCCCGUGGCCAAGCAGGUUGGCGAACAGGUCUACGCGGGCACACUCAAUGUUUCGCACGCCGCCGUGGUGGUCCAGGUGCGCGUGGUGCCGGGCGCAUGCGUGAUCGACGAAAUUCUCGACGUCGUGCACGAGGCCGCGGGCAAGAAGGCGCGCAUCGCCCAGCUCGCCGACGCGAUCACCGGCGUCUUUGUCCCCGCUAUCGUCUACGUCUCGCUCGCGGUGCUGGCGGUGUGGUGCACCCUGCUGUACUCGGACAUCCUCGGGGAGGACUGGCAGAGGAGGCAUGUGGAGCACUAUGGUGAGCCGGGAGCGAGGUUCGUGUAUGCGCUCCAGUUCGCCAUUGCGUGCCUGCUCGUGGCGUGUCCGUGCGGCAUCGGGCUCGCGGCGCCCACGUCGCAGCUUGCGGGCAUCGGGCUGGCGUCCCAGCACGGCAUCCUCGUCAACGGUGGCGGCGAAGCAUUCCGGGCCGCCAGCACGGCGGCUGACAGCGCCGGCCAGCUCGUGGUGGUGUUCGACAAGACCGGCACCAUCACCAAAGGCGAUGCGAUCGGCGUGGCCGAUUAUCGCUUUGCUGCUGCGCAGGACGAAGAGCUGCAAGAGGCGCAGCUGCUGCACUGCAUCGAGCUGGUGGAGCAGGCCAGCACGCAUCCGUACGCGCGUGCCGUGCGUGCCUGGAUCGCCGAGCGUCCCAGCGCGACUCCAUCCCUGCCGUCGCAGUACAAUCUGGAGGACGUGGUGGAGGUGCCGGGCAAAGGAUUGCGCGCGACGUUCCGCCAAACUUUCGAGGUCGACGGAGCGGCAAAGUCGUUCGUACUGCUGGUGGGCAACCGCGCCCUGAUGCGGGAGCUGGGCGCCGAGACGCCGGAUGCACACAUCGCCGACGCCGAGCGCGGCUGGUCGGCUGCAUCGCACAGCGUAGUCUACACCGGUGUGCGAUGGUCUUCGUCCGCACAAGGUGCGGUGGCACUGGCGCUGGCCAUGAGCGACGAGAUCCGACACGAAGCCGCAUGGGUGAUCGCCCACCUCUCGUCGCGCUACGCCGCCGAGGUGUGGAUGGUGACGGGCGACAACUCGGGCACGGCAUGCAGUGUGGCUGCGCAAGUGGGCAUCCCGGCCUCGCGCGUGGUUGCCGGCGUCCUACCCAUCGACAAGAAGACGUGGGUGGAACGACUUUCCUCCGCUGACCCCGAGUCCUCGCUCCCCACACGCCAGCGGCGGUGGUUGGGCGCUGCCCGCGGUCGAACGGUGCUCUUCGUGGGCGACGGUAUCAACGACUCGCCCGCGCUGAGCGCCGCGAGUGUCGGCGUGGCACUGGGGUCCGGAAGCAGCAUCGCACACUCGUCGGCCGACUUUAUCCUGCUCGCACGCACCGCACCGCUGCUCUCCAUCCCCGUGCUGCUGCAGCUCUCGCGCGCAACCCACCGCAAAGUCACCUCCAACUUCGCCUGGGCCUUCGUGUUUAACCUGGUGCUCAUCCCUGUUGCAGCAGGUGCGCUGGUGGGGUUGGGAGUGACCAUGGGCCCCGAGCUCAGUGGUCUCGCCAUGGCGUUUAGCAGCACCAGUGUGGUUCUCAACAGCCUCAGCCUGCGCACCUGGCGGCCUAGUAAGCAGCUCGCAAAGCAGUUGGAGCACAAGUAG